GAAAGGGCUAAGCUUGUCCCAAACCACUUCUCGUAGUACGUUAACAACAUGGCUGCUCCCUUGAUGUUGAUGCGGCGAAGCUGUAGGCAGGUGACCCUCUUGGUCGCCACGUCGCGUUACAGAAGCUCUAUCCCUGUGGCUCUGCCUUCACUACAAGCCAGGCUCCUCCUCUUCCUGAGCCAGCAUUUCCAUGACAUAGAGACUCUCCUCAACUGGAGCUCCUGGUUCAAAAACCGAGGUCUACGACAGAAGAAUUUUUUCUAUGGUUACACCCAGCAGAACUAUGGGGACAACGUUGCAGCUGCUUAUUACAUCCUCAGCCUGAAGGGAGGAUUCAGGUUUGCAGGGCAGUCAGAGUGGUUCCGAUCAGACAGAAGAGGGAAGUUCAACUGGGACUUCAUGAACCACCGGGACACCUCCAUAGAGGAAGUGGAUGUCAGCAACACACUCAUUAACUACACAGGCCUGGAAAACCUGGUGGAACAGCGUGGGCUGCGUACUCUCUCUGUGAGUGGCUGCGCUGAGGUGGAUGACUGGUUCCUGUCCCGCCUCCAUAUCUUCCAGGACACCCUGGAGGAGCUGGACAUUUCCAACUGUCCCCAAAUCUCUGUGGGGGGCCUGGCUGCACUGCAGAAGCUGAGGGGUCUGCGACGGCUGGACGUGUCCUCCCUCCCCAGGCUCCAGAACCCUGGGCUGGUCGCCAUCCUGCUGGAGGAGAUGCUUCCUCACUGCCGUGUUACCGCUGUCGGGUACGACCACAGCCUGACCUACAGCCCCACACAGACAGACGCCCAGACACGGAUAGACGCCCAGACACAGAUAAAGGCCCAGGCUGAGGCUGGACCUCAAAGACUGACUAGAGAAGUGGAGAGACACAAUCAAAGUCGGGCAUGGUGACAAACGCACAUACAAGCAGUCCACUCUUAUUCGCCCUCGUUCUGUCUCUUUAACCAACACUCACACAGAAAAACGGGCAGGGAGGGAUGCCCAUUUAGUUUGUGAUGUAGAGCCUCACUGAUGAUUUAUAACUUUUUAUCAGAGAAGUGUUUUACUUACUUGUAGAGCAUCAUUGUCCUCCUUAAGCUAUCAAAAUUAUCUGUCCAAAAAUAUUUGCUUCAGAAAAUGUAUAUCAGAUGAUGGUACGGAUUAUUAUUAUGCAUUGUAUUGGUGAUGCAAUAAAAUAUUUAUUUGUAAAGGA